GUAGUAGAGAGAGAGAGAGAGCGAGUUCGCUUCGCGCAUGGCAAAUAGAUUGUCAGUCGGAGGUUCGAGAUCACAGCAGCCAGCCAGCCUCCCACCUUUCAUUGUUCGGGUCGGAAUUAUUUGCAAGAGUCAGUCUGCUUCAAAAUCUCGUCGCGUUCGUUACGUUCCGACAGCGAAAUCUUAUCAGAUCCACUUUGUUAACUUUAGUGAUCCAUAAAACGCGAAAAGUUUAAGAUGGAACGGCAAAAGGAUAUAAAUGAUAUUUUUGAUGAAGAAAUCAGCCUUGUUUAUCACAAUAUGCUGCCGAAGCAGUUCGCAGCUGAUCCCAGAACCAUGAGGAUGGUCCAGGAGCAGGUCUCGAAAUUGGUAGACCGCUUGGGCGAGGAGUCGGCAGCCGCCCAGGGUCUCAACAAGCCCAUCACUUCCGCAGAAAAGAUGAGGAAGAAUCCUGGACACGUGCUGUAUAUACUUGUGGACAAGUACGCUAAAGAUUCUAAGGGCGAGAUCAUCGGUAUGCUGAAGGUGGGUCGCAAGCACCUCUUCCUCUUCGAUGAGAAGCAAGCAGUGCAUGAAGUGGAACCGCCAUGCGUCCUAGACUUCUACGUGGUGCCGGACCGCCAGCGGAUGGGCUAUGGAUUUCGGCUGUUCGACUUUAUGCUGAAGGAUCUCAACGUCAUGGCCUGGGAGAUGGCCAUAGACGGGCCUUCGGAGAAGAUGGAGAAGUUUCUCUCGAGGAACUUCGGCAUCGAUCGCCUGAUGCGCCAGAGCAACAACUUUGCCGUGGCGCCAAACUUCUUCCAACAGUCGGAUAAUGAUAUCAGCAAAAAGGGCACUCUGAGUGACACCGUGCCUGCUGCCGCCUCCGUGGGACGCUUUUCUGCCCGACAGCCCACUUCUGCAAUUGCCAAUGUAAUCCACGGCGGCGCUCAUGAUGAGCCUGUCCGUCGCUCGCCGUCACCUGCCGGCGCGCCUGCGCUCCCGGUCCCCGGCCCGGCCCCCGCCCCAGCCCCGGCUCCGGCCCCAGCCCCGGCCCCGGUGCCGGCUCCGGCCGCCGCCGCGGCUCCGCGCGACUAUUGGGAUGACGAGCCUGAGCCGUGGGAGGACGAGCCCACGGAUGAGCAGUUCGAGGCGUGCGCGUUCGACUGCGACCAGCCGGCGGCGGAGCGGCGCGACGAGUGGCGCGCGCGGGGCCCGCAGCGCUACAGCCCCGUGGAGCGGCCCGCCACGCUGGCCGUGUCGCCCGCCGCCGCGCGCCAGCAGCACGCGGCCGGCAUGCCGUCCGCCGGCUCGGCCGCGCACUCGGCCGCCGGCACGCCGGGCGCGCGCCGGGACUCGCAGCUCACCGAGCGAGGCUACUUCGACGUCAAGUACUACCACAACAAGCUGUGGUAAACUCGCGACGCUCUACGUCACGCGAUAUUUCAAUCUCCUUCUAUAUAUAUUAUUAUACAAUUUUACAAUUUUCUAAUUAUUUAUACAAAAUUCUAAAGCCGUAACGACUUCGACGUGCGCGGAUAAUUCAAUUGUCUGCCCUUUUAGUAAUUUAUGAUGACUGAUUAUUUGGAAGUGCUGUAUUUUGCACACUAAUAUAAAAUAUGUAUACCAUAAUAUCUUCGUUUUAAACUCAAGAUGUAUAUGGAACUGUUCAGGGCGAGCUUUGCUCGGUUAAUUUUAAUUUCCAACAGCGCGUGUGCGCCACGCGCCGCGCGCCUGAAUGUUGUCUUAGGUAUAAACCAUGUAUUUAAUCGAAUUCAUCAAUAAAAAUAUUUAACCCA